UCAAAGCUAUCUUAUCUUUUUCUAGGAGAAAAAGAUACGAGAGAGAAUACAGGAAAUGUUGCAAGAGUGCACGGUCGAUGUCAUUAGAUUUUAUCUUCGCGUUCCACGUCAAGCAAAAAUAAGGCGAAAAUUUCGAUGAGCUUGUGGAAAGAGCUGCGAGAAAUCGCGCAAGUCCUUCUGAAGAUUUUUAUAUCUUCUGAAAUAAAUUUCUGAAGAUCGCGGGGAGAUAUUUCGACGAGUUUGCAAAAAGAGAUUGCGUACUUAUCGUUAAAAAUCGCGAAGCUAUCUGGCCCCUCGUAAAUCCUCACUGCGAGCUUAUUAUCAUCGUCGUUUAUUAUUAUCAUCGUCGGUCCUGGGCUUAUCACCACGACCGGCGGUCAUUACAACAUCCGAUUGAUUCUCGACAUUCCGACUAUCGAAUCCGUCGUCGUCCGGCUUUAUCGCGAUCAUCCUUUUUUUUUUUUUUCGCAUUUUGUUAUACGUGCGAACGUAUCGGCGCGCACAUUUCGGCGGGCGGGCCAGGCGGGCCUGGCCCAGCCCCGACCGAGAUCUCGCCACUUUUUGCGUAAUCGCGUCCACGCGACCAGAUAAGCGCGGCCCCGCUCAUUAUCGUACGACGCGCGGCGCGCCGUUAAGAACGACGUAAGAGGGAAUUACGCGACGUAGGGAGAUGGCACGGGUGAAGAGGCCAUUUCACCAGUCAUAACACAACAAUACUUCAUGAUGGAAAAGGCGAAUAGACGCGUCGGGCAAUUAGUACGCGUCAUGAAAAAGCACACACGUACAUAUAAAAUUAUGCGGCGCUUACCAGCGAAGUAAAACUUAGGAGAGAGGGUGAUAAGAAAAGCCUCCGUUUAAGGAGGAGUCAAAUCGUAUUUUUAUAGAGCGAUCGGGGGUGGACAUCCGCGAUUUGAGAAAAAGAAUGAUACAUUUAAAGAAACACUUUAUUUCUAAAAAUAUUCUAAAAACAAACUGAAAUAGUAUAAAUCAUAUUAAGCUGUUGAAAUAUUUACAGAUCGAUAAUAAACAAUCCAUUUUUAGCAUUUUUAAAUUACAUUAUAUCUAUAUGUCUUUUAUACGAAUAUAUACAGAAAUUAAGAUGAUUUGCACAUAUCAUCCCAAUCAGGAUUCGAGUUUUCCUUAUUGCAUGACGACCAAAAAUGACUUAGAAAGGAGAAAAUAUUUUCAUUAAAAUACGUUUGGCAAUCUUUAAUGCAUGUAACGCUAAUUUUUAAUCUUCUGCGAUUUUCCGUUAUUUUAUUUAUCUCUUAUUUACUUGUUAGUCGCACCGUGAAACGUAUCUUUUCAAUGUUUACAGCUUGCUCGAUUACGUUUCCACACUACGUCCGUGGAAACGUAAUCGAGCAAGCUGUAAACAUUGAAAAUAUACGUUUCUCAGAAAACAUCAAUCAUCCUAAUAUGCAAAGUUACGAAAUAUGUACUACAGUUUAUAUAAUCCUAUUAUCUAUAUUAUGACAAGCUGUAUUUUAUAGAGAUCUUGCGAGAAAAUUGUUAUAUUCUAACAGUAAAAAGAUUCUCGCUGACAUCUUACAUAUCAAGCAAAAUUCACUCGACUCGGUGACAUCUUCGGAGAUGUCAUUGAAGUCUUCCGAUGUAAAUUUGUUUGACAUUAUUCUUUCACGCGUCUAGCGCAUGAUUUCUACAAAAUGAUAGACGAAACAAUACUAUAUUUACAUUAAAAUUAGAUCGAUAUUUCUCACACUGCUAUUACAAUGCAAAUCACUAUAUAAUUACAGAAUUACGUAUUGCUAUAAAAUUGCGCGACUUAGCGAAUUAUAAUAUAAUUACAUAGCUGUCUCUUUUUUUUCCUUAUUACAUGAUCAACCGACACGCAAUUGUUAUUACUGAAGAAUUUAUAAUCGUCGGGCGCGGAAACUGUUUAACGCAAGGAGGGGAAAAGUGCCUUGUACCGCCUCAACAAAAUCUUGAAAAACGAAAUGCAAAACAACCGGUCACGAAUGAAAGAUCGUUGAGAUGCUUGUUGUUGUGUCUUCCGGGAUUUUUCAUUCAUUUCACUCCCCUUGUGUACGCGCGAUCCCGAGUCUUGAGAGCCACGAGAGAGCCUUUCCCCCCCCCCUCGGUUUUCCUUUCGGGCGAAAAGAUAUCUGUAAUCAUGUUUUUACUCGUCUGGCGGCGAUAAAACGUGUCGUACGAUCCCCCAGCCGGCGCAGCCUCCAAUUUUACUUGCGCGCGCGCGCGAUAAUAAAUCGGAUGACACGUGUUGUGUCCACACUCGGUAGAUGCGGGUGCGAUGAUAAAUCCUCCUCCCCUCUUCUUCUCUUUAUCUGUUCUGUUUCUUUCGCGCGCGCAAUUGUGCAGAUGCUGCUGCGGGUGGAGGAUUUAACUACCCGCGAUAGCAGGGUCAACGACGACCUUGACAGUGAUCUGUCUGAUUCUUCUAGUUUUUGAGUCUCUUUGCUCCUUCUCUCGAUACGCUCCGCUUAGUCUCUUUCGAAAUGUUACUAUUUAGGAAUUGACCCAAAAUAAAAUGUCAGACUAGAAGUGACAGUUCCACGAUAAGGAUAAUUUAUGAUAUGAUACGAGAUACGCCCGAAGAAAAAUGCUCUUUCGGAAGUGUCUCGGACAGACGAGAUUUUUAGAAUAUUUGACGAAACAAGCGCGUUAGAUAUUUCCUCGAAUAUUUCUUAAAUCUCAGGUAUUACUUAAUGGUAUCUGAAGGGAGCGAAGCAAUGGAGAUAGCGAGAACCUUACUGAGAAAGCUGAUCUGAACCCGCCGCAUCGAACUGUAUAUCGGAGAGGUGUUGGCCAUCAGAAGUCAUCGCCGCGUGGCAGGGUUAUCAUCGGAUUUUAAAAAAGGCGGGGAGGUUUUGUAAGCGACCGGCAUGGCUUAACCAGCCAGUUCGUUGAAAACGCUGUACGUCGACGGUGACGCUUGAUUUAUCAGACUCAGCUUGAAUCCGAUCGAGAUUUCCAUUCAAAGUCGGAGCGUCUCGACCGUUUUGUCUUCAACAGAGUGGCCAAGUCAAUUUUGACUUUGGUUUUGAGAGAGACUGAAUUUGAAUCAGACUGAUCGUCUUAAAUUUAAACGAGCUUUGAUCCUUCACGAGGAUUCAGAUCACAGGUGGUAGUCACCGUCGAGAGCGAUUAUCGUUUCUUUCAUCGAUCACCCUGGCGAUCAGCAUGACGAUCUCGGUGACUGACGCCGCCAUGGAAAAGGAGGCGAUCGGGCGAUGGCAUCGUUUUCGCAUCUGGCUCGCCUGGAUCUACUGCGGCAUCUUCCUGCUCAGCUCCGCCGCCUUCUACACGACCUGGUGCACGGGCGCGUUCAACGACUACGUGAUGUCGCAAUUGGUACUGCGCAACGGCAGCCGCACCUUCGACUGGUGGCUGAAUCCGCCCUCACCAAUGAAGUACAGGAUCUACAUCUUCAAUUACACGAACCUAGACGAGUUCGAGGCGGGCGAAGCGAGCAAGCUGCGCGUACAGGAGGUCGGUCCCUACGUGUACCGUGAGAUGCUGUCCCGCACGAACGUCGAGUUGCACGACAACGGCACGGUCACCUACCAGACCAAGACGACAUUCGAUUGGAUAGGCGGGCGAGCCGAUAACGAUACCAUCGUGGUGCCGAACGUACCGUUGAUGUUCACCACCGCGUACGUCCGGGACCUGAGCUUCGCGGUGCGAUUCGUCACCAAUACGGUGCUGUCGACUCUACAGGAGAAAUUGUUCAUCACCGAGACCGUCGGUGGUUUUCUCUGGGGCUACGACACCCAGCUCUUCCACAUGGCCAAGCCGCUGAUGAUGCUUCAGCGGGGGGACAUACCCUUUGAAAAGUUCGGCCUGAUGGCUACGAAGCAGGGUGUCGAUGCGGAUCGUAUCACGAUACAUACGGGAACGCGGGACAUAAAGAACCUCGGUAUGGUCGACCGAGUGAACGGGGUCGACAAUCGGCACAUUUGGGGUGACGAGCGAUGCGACAAAAUCGUGGGCACGGACGGCACCAGGUUCCCACCACAUUUGAUAAAAGAGCCAAGCAGACCCCUUUACGUAUAUUCUAAAGACCUUUGUAGAAAGAUACCUCUUUAUUUUCAUGAACAAACAACCACCUACGGCAUACCUUCCCUAAGGUACAAAUUCACCCCAGAUGCAUACAAUUUUUCGAACAAUCAAAACGAGUGCUUCUGCUGGAAGGUACACGAGGAAGGCACGAGAGUCUGCCCACCCUCGGGAGUCUUCAACAUGUCCGCGUGCACCUUCGGCGCGCCCCUGCUCUCGUCGUUUCCACAUUUUUAUGGCGCCGACAAGCUCCUGCUGGAACAAGUAGACGGCUUGAAUCCUCGACAGGAAGAUCACGAAAGUUAUUUCGACAUACAUCCGCGCAUAGGGGUUCCGAUGCGCGGCUGGUCGAGGACGCAAGUGAACGUGGAGGUGCGACGGGCGAUCGGCGUGCCAUUCCUCGGGAAUCUAAAGGACGGUAUGAUUCUUCCGCUUUUCUGGAUGGAGAUCGGGCUCGACGAGGUUUCGGAAGAAGUAUUAGUGGCCCUAAAGGAGGGGUAUUUCACAGCGAUGAACAUAGAGAUGGCCUUGCAGUGGGGCAGCCUGCUAAUGAUGAUACUCUCCUUUAGCGCUAUGAUCGCCUGCCUCUGGAAAUAUCGCGCGGAGCAGAACGUGGUACUCCAGAGGACAACGUUCAUUCACAACAACCUUUACGAGGCCUGAAUUCGAAAUGAAAAUGCUCAAAAAGAAGAAACGAAUGCAGGUCGGCGGCCAUUGAUCCGUCCAGAAAGAGAAAAAAGAAUUCCAAGGUAAUAUGAACGUUUAAGAGAUAUUAUGUCGAAUUUUUUUAGACGUUCCGAACAUUUUAAACGUCUCUUGGGACGUUUCUCGAGUCGAUAUUCGGCUUGAGACAAGAAGAUACGGUUCUCGUAAAUCUGCACGGGAGAAUAAAUUCGUAUCGUCACAAGUGGAGCUCGGUAGCGUCAAUAAUGAUUGUUGUGCAAUUAGAAUAACGUACGUUACCGACAAAUUAUAUGUUAAGCAGUUCUGUGUACGCGAAGAAAAUUUAUCACUGUGACGAACAUGAAAACGCUCGUCCGUACGAAAUAUUUCGUUAAUAUUUGAAAAAAAAUGAUAUCGUGCUUUCGUGGACUUAAAGCACUCUUUCCUCAGAUAAAAGAUAAGCUUCAAAAAAUUAGGAAGCAAAGAUCCCUUUCCUUCGUUGUGAAAUUAAUUAAGAUCACGAGAAGUUAGACAAUCCAGCGCGGAAUCCCAUGGGAAUGUCGAGGGGCCAAUAAAUUCCUACGACAAAUGGACAUGCCGCUGUUGCACCGUGAGAAAGAGAUUGUUUAAAACAUACGUUCGCAACGCGGCCAAAGCCUGUGAUUGAGACUUUACUUAGUACAUCGAGAAUAACAUGCAAUUAUGCCGACAGCGGUAGCGGCGGCGGUGACGGCUGCGGCAUUUGCGCGUUUUGUCGUGCUAUUAUCUAGCGGGUGCCGACCGCGACACGGUGCAUUACCGCGCUGCAUAAUGAACAACCUGUACUUAAUUAAGCGAUGACGCGCGCGCGACGACAGUAUGUAUUACACACGACGAUUAAUGAGAUCGUUGUCGCGACAGCGAGAUUCGAUGUUAACUUCAAGAUAGAAUGUAAGAUUUAUUUCACCCUGGAACUCGCGAGGUUCGCGAUCCAUCCUUUUCUAACGAGAGCUCCCUAACUCGAAAACCGAGAGAAUUGUAAAACCUUGGAGUUGUCGAGAGGACCUUCUCUCCUUCGUAAAUCUAAAAGCGGAAAGAAGUGUGACGCAAGUCAGCUCUCAAGUUAAGAUCUGCGUGUUUGAUAAUGUAAAGUAGGUAUGUAAAAAAUUAUAUGACGCGCGCUAUCGUCAUCUCUCAUCCUGCUGCACUGGUUGAAAAAAGAAGUUGUAUUUUAAUACAGCAUAUUGCGAUAUA